AUGUCAGUUUGUAAAACAUGGUUUAGAAUACUCAGUGAUGAAAACAACGAGUUGUGGAGAUUUCACUGCUUUAGGAGACUUUCAGAGGAAGUGCUACGAUCUGAUUUACUCUCUAAUUUACCUACUUACAAAACUAAGUUAAGAGCCUAUCUUCACGCCUGGAGUCCAUACGACUGCUCGCGAAACAUUUAUAUUAAAUCUAAUGGAUUCACUUUACACAGAAAUCCAGUUGCUCAGAGUACAGAUGCAUGCAGAAGUAAAAUUGGAUUUAAUCAAGGAAGACAUGCAUGGGAAGUAAUUUGGGAAGGACCACUCGGCACUGUUGCUGUCAUUGGUGUUUCAACUAAACAAGCAUCAUUGCAGUGUCAGGGAUAUGUUGGGCUACUCGGUUCAGAUGAAUACAGUUGGGGUUGGAAUCUUGUGGAAAAUAUAUUACUUCACAAUGGUGAAACACAAGGCGAAUACCCUUUAUUAAACAAUAGCCCAAAAUAUCAAGUUGGAGAACGCGUUAGAGUAAUUUUGGAUUGUGAUGCUGGAACACUAUGUUUUGAAAAAAAAUAUGAAUUUUUAGGGGUUGCAUUCAGAAACCUUCCAUACAAUACAAAAUUAUACCCAACGGUUUCAGCAGUUUAUGGAAAUACAGAAGUGUCUAUGGUAUAUGUUGGACUACCUGUGGAUGGUUGA